AUGAAAAUAUCUUCGAUCAUGCGAGCAGGUGGAGACGUGGAGGUUGGGAAACAUGGAAAAUACAUUGGAAAUUGGGGAAAUUUUGGUCUUCAGAAACAAAAGGGGGUAGCCUCAUACGCCCUUAGUGCAAAUAGACAGCGGCCCUUUGCUGGUGCUCUCCAUGCAGCAAUUUUUAACACCUGGAGACGGUUUAGUGGUCAAGUUCUAUACGUUGCGCCUCCUCUAAUUGCAGCAUAUUGUACUAUGCAAUGGGCUAUCGAGAGAAAUGAAUAUCUAAAUUCCAAGGAAGGACGUAAAGAGUUUGCUCAAGAAGAGUGA